UCCAGGGUCCAAAGUACAGCCGGGAGCGCGGGCGCAGAUGUUCCAAGCCGUGCAGCUUAAUCUUUCCCUAGUGAACACCUACAUGGAUUUCCAAUACCGCGCCUGGCAGGUUUCGGGUAGGGGGGAGUGCCAGCCUCCCCCCUGAGCUCUCUGUCCCGCGUCCUGGUUUCUGCAGUCGAUAUUCCUGGGGGGAAGCGGAGGAGGCUCUGGGCUCUACAAGCUUUGUUAGAGAGUCUCAAUGCAAUGAUUCACUCCGUUCUCCCUGAACACUCCCUGCCUCAGAGUGGAGGGAGACGGAUGUUUUAACUCAGCAUCCCCCCCCCCCCAAUACACCCCUGUGGUCCUUCGUGCUCAUAAUGCCUUUGGCUUAGGUCUGGUUUCGACCACUCAGUGUUUUUGUGAGCACUUGUGCAGCGGGCAGCCCCAAAGGGAGUUGAACCUCGCAGGAAACGUCAGAGCGCCGCCAGACCUCACAAGCACUUUGCAGGGGCCAUCUGGAGAUCUCGACUUGGGGAUCCGAAGGCCUAAAACCUCCAAGCGCAGGUUUGAAGAACUGGGCAAACAGGAAAUAAGCUGCUGACGCGAUGGUGCUGCUUAUUAAUCAUUCACCAGUCCAGAGCUGAUCUACUUAAUGACUGUGCGGCUCUGGGCUCUAGCCUCUUGGUCUCCCCUCUCUGCGCUCCAGCGUGCUCAGGACCCUCAGAGCGGCCAGAGGCAGUGCUCAAGCAGCCGCAGGGCGAUGUGCCGGGCAGCCUCGGUGGCUGCCGCGCUCGCCGCAGCUGCUGCGCGCUGCCGGGAGGUGCCAGGCGGCGGGGAGCUGUGAGCUUGGAGCCUUGAGCCUAGGGAGGGUGCAGACAGCUAGCGCGCAAGGUGAGCGCCCCAGCCGGCAGCGGCGCAGGCCCCCUUCGCUGGGAUGUUCCCCAAUGGCACCGCCUCCUCUCCGUCCGCUUCUCCUAGCCCCAGUCCAGGCAGCUGCGGGGAAGGCGCCUGCAGCAGGGGCCCGGGGGCAGGCGCUGCGGACGGCAUGGAGGAGCCUGGACGAAACGCUUCCCAGAACGGGACCUUAAGCGAGGGCCAGGGUAGCGCCAUUCUCAUCUCUUUCAUCUACUCCGUGGUAUGCUUGGUGGGACUGUGUGGGAACUCCAUGGUCAUCUACGUGAUCCUGCGCUACGCCAAGAUGAAGACAGCAACCAACAUCUACAUUCUAAACCUGGCCAUCGCUGAUGAGCUGCUCAUGCUCAGCGUGCCCUUUCUGGUUACUUCCACGUUGUUGCGCCACUGGCCCUUCGGCGCGCUACUUUGCCGCCUGGUGCUCAGCGUGGACGCGGUCAACAUGUUCACCAGCAUCUACUGUCUGACUGUGCUGAGUGUGGACCGCUAUGUGGCUGUGGUGCACCCUAUCAAGGCAGCGCGCUACCGUCGGCCCACUGUGGCCAAGGUGGUGAACCUGGGUGUUUGGGUGCUGUCGCUACUGGUUAUCUUGCCCAUCGUGGUCUUCUCACGCACCGCGGCCAACAGCGAUGGCACGGUGGCCUGCAACAUGCUCAUGCCCGAGCCCGCCCAGCGCUGGCUGGUGGGCUUCGUCUUAUACACAUUUCUCAUGGGCUUCCUGCUGCCUGUCGGGGCCAUCUGCCUGUGCUACGUGCUCAUCAUCGCCAAGAUGCGCAUGGUGGCCCUCAAGGCCGGCUGGCAGCAGCGCAAGCGCUCAGAGCGCAAGAUCACUCUGAUGGUGAUGAUGGUGGUGAUGGUGUUUGUCAUCUGCUGGAUGCCUUUCUACGUGGUACAGCUGGUCAAUGUGUUCGCUGAGCAGGACGACGCCACUGUGAGCCAGCUGUCUGUCAUCCUCGGAUACGCCAAUAGCUGUGCCAACCCCAUCCUCUACGGCUUCCUGUCGGACAACUUCAAGCGCUCCUUCCAGCGCAUCCUGUGCCUCAGCUGGAUGGACAACGCCACGGAGGAGCCAGUCGACUACUAUGCCACUGCCCUGAAAAGUCGCGCCUACAGCGUGGAGGACUUCCAGCCCGAGAACCUGGAGUCUGGUGGCGUUUUCCGUAAUGGCACCUGCGCUUCCAGGAUCAGCACGCUUUGAGGCUGGUCACUGCCUGGAGAGGGAGAGUGGUCAGAAACCGGGAGGGGGAAGCGAGUGUGAGCGAACGAUAACAGGGCACCAGGUGCGCUGGCAGUAGUGAGUAGCAGCGAUGCACCGUGCCUGGUUAGCCAGACCCAGGAAAGCCAGGGGACUAAGGUAAAAGGGAGAGAGUUGCGGAUACACUGGGAAGGCUCAAGGGCCAUCUUCUCAGCCAGCCCUCUUCCCUGCACAGCGCUUGCUAUUCCGAACAACUCUAUUCUCCAAACCCGGUAACUUCGACCCUCCCUCCCUGUUCUGCUAGUACAAACCACAAACUUAACCGUCGCCGACUCAGUCUAACCCUUACCCUCUCAAGCCGUUAUUUGCGUUUCUUUAAGCUGAGCCACUGUUACUGCCUCGUGUUUCAUUUGGGCUGAGUCCCCCACGUUGCGCUCAGCCCUGGCCGGACUCUUCUCAGAGUGGCUAUCAGACUGUCCCCAGUCACCGCUCUCCUUUUGCACAACCUUACUUUCGAGGAAGCCCAGCUUGAGGAGGACCGGAAACUGGUCUUUUCUACUCUUGGAAAAGGCACUUCUUUCGCUGGGCCCUUCCUCCGCCCCACCCUAUCCAGAGCAGAGCUAGGUGCUUAAGAAAAGGUCCUGAGGCCAGACCUCCCCCUUUCCGCCAAGUGGUAUAGUCGCACCCACAUCCUUCUUUGGAGCAAAAAGAAAAAAAAAAAAAAAAAAAGGAGCUGAGAGCAAGCAGAAGCAGAAGGACAAGUUUUUAAGAGUCCUGGGUUGUGGAUGUGGGCACCAUAGCAACCACUUCGCCAUAGGGAUUGGGACCUGAGUACUGGGUUCCAAAGUUCCUGUGAGGGGCGCUCCUGGCUGGAGAAUGACUUGGGCACCCUGGCGGGUGGACCCAAAUUGCAGCUUCAAUUCCUUUUAAAUUCCUCCUUAGAAUAACAAAAGAUUCAGUUUCCUGCUUUAGUGUAAGUUGCAGGUCCAGCUCAGGCUGCUGUCACAAACUGCCAAGCCUUUGCCAAAGCUGGACCGGUUGUUGUAGCCUGUCUGGUCCCUGAAGUUUCCUGCCUUUCAAGAGGUGCCUAAUAAGUAAUUUCCUGAUUUAUUUAUUUAUUUGUGGUGUUGGUAAAACUGAGUUUCUGCUUUCUUUUUUUUCUACUUGCCUAACAGGGCUGUUCUUGGAAACCCUGAGGGCUUGGGGGGUGUGGACCGAGCAGGAGUGGAGAAAAGUUCCCUCCUCACCCCAAGACUCCCUCAGAAGUUUCCCUCUCUUGCAUUCUAUUAGCCUUUUCUCAAUCCUUCCUGGUUUUGCUUGUGUCUAGUAAAGUUUGGAGAUUUUUCUUUUAUAUACAUUUUUAUUGUAGUUUCUGUGUUAUUAAAAUAAAUAAAUCGCAAUUUGGGUUAACUCCUGUCAGUGUAGAGUUAAAGUCCUGAUGAAUUCCUGGCAUUCCAGGAAACAUAGGGGAAAAAUCACACUGUCUAUAAUGUUUGUGUGUCUAUGAUAUGUGCUGCUAUGCACAAGUCACAUGCAUACACACACACACACACACACACAGAGAAGACAGAGACAUAAAGACAGAGAGAGAGAGAUAUUUGUAAAUCUUGAGGAACCGUCACAAGUCCAUGAAACAAUUACAAGGACAGCCACAAAGUGACAGGUGUGACUCAAGCUGGGACAUUUUCAAUUUCGGGUACAAGUAGCAUUGAAACUUGGAUCUGAGAAAUGUUAGCCAGAGCCGUGAAUCACUGCUGAAGAUAUUACUGUUGUUUGUUUGUUUGUUUGUUUGUUUGUUUUUUAGGUCCCAGCAGAGGUGAUUCUUUACCUAUACUCAGUAAACAUAGUAAUUUCUGUUAAGGAAUGGAAGGGAAAUAAUUCUGUCUGCAUUUACAAACUACAGUAGAAAUCUGAGCAGGGCAAGUACCAAUAAUUUCACUGUUUUAUGUUUCCUGUAUGCUUUGUUAUGCUGGUCUGUACAGAGGAGGCACUGAAAGGAUAUCUUGGUGGUUAAGUAGUCCAGUGUUUAUCAGUGGUCCUGGAGUAAAGAACCUGGGGAUCUCAGGUUCCAACUGUCAUGACAUACAAUGGUUGGAUGCACUAUUAAAAAGAUGUUUUAUGCACAUUUGCUUCAAGAACAUCAUGCUUUUCUAAAAACAGUAACCAAGAGUUAAAGUGUCUCUUGUGUUUUGUUUCAAAAAAUGAACAAAUAUGCUUUUGAUCAUAAGCCAGAAAGUUUAGAUCUUUUCCUAAGAAUAUAAUACAUAUACACACAUAUAUAUAAUUACUCCUCUGUUAAAUAGAUUUUUCCAAUCAUUAGGAACAGUGAACUUUACAAACUGAAAUCUCCGUCAAUAUCAUCUCAACGAGAUACAAAUGUAGUGUUCUUAACUUGUAAUAGUAACCGAAUAAACAGAUGUAUUAUGCUGUUGUAA